AUGCAACCAUAUGAAGCAUCUUCGGCGAGCUACAGCUGUAACCGCCACAACUCCACAUUCAUUCAUCUCUCUCUCUCUCUCUCUCAAUAAACCCCUCUUUCUCCCAUAACCCUUCAAUCAAGUUCCGGAUGGCGGAGAGCCCGAUCUCAAAGCUCCAAACCUGCGUGGAGAUCAAGUCGAUUCCACCCUCAUUUGCGCGAAUGUCGACUGAACUCAGCACGGAAGAGUUGCUCAAAGAGUACAAAACCCCAUUCCCCUUUUUCAGGCGGAUUUCCGAGAGGAAGGAGAGCACAUGGAUCAUCUCUCUGUUCGUGAUCCUGCAUUUGAUCGCUUUCGCGGCAACCAUGGCCGUGAAUGACUGUUGGGGAAAUUCUCACGGUCAAUGUGCGCUCGACCAGCUCGGGAGGUUCUCGUUCCAGCCGUUGUCGGAGAACCCCCUGCUCGGCCCCUCGUCUUCUACGCUUGACACGAUGGGGGCUCUUCGACUGAGGUAUCUGGAAAAUGAUCAUCAAUUAUGGCGUCUUUUCACAAGUCCAUGCUUGCAUGCAGGCGUUGUCCACCUUAUCAUCAGUCUCUCUAGCAUGAUUUUUGUUGGAAUUCACUUGGAGCAAGAGUUUGGACCAUUAAGGAUUGGAGCUAUCUACAUACUUUCUGCUCUUACAGGUUGUUUGGUAGCUGCCCUAUUUCUCCAAGAUAGGCCUUCAGUUGCUUCCUCCGGGGCAUUAUUUGGAUUGCUUGGUGCCACACUAUCUGGGCUUAUCCAAAACUGGAAAGUUUACUCUAAAAAGUUUGCAACUCUUAUUGCUUUUGCUACAAUCUUAAUGCUAAACUUCAUCCUUGGCCUGAUGCCACUAAUCAACAAUUUUUCAAACAUUGGAGGAUUUAUCUCGGGCUUCAUUGCUGGUUUUAUACUCCUGUUCAAGCCUCAAGUGAGGAAACUGCACCAGAACAAAAGAGGUAUAUUUGAUUAUGAGGUCAAGUGCUCCUCCGUCAACCUUGAGAGGAAGUUGGACCGGCCAACCUCAAGGAUUGUUUCUCUUGUCGUCCUCAGUCUUCUAGUUGCAGGAAGUGCUGUGGCCCUUCUUCAACACACGAAUUUGAACAAAUACUGUGGCUGGUGCAAGUACAUUGAUUGUGUCCCCUCUAGAUGGUGGAGCUGCAGUGACAAAACAAUGGAAUGCCAGACAAUGAUGAGUUCGGCACAGUUGACUCUGACUUGCUCCAUCAAUGGCAAUUUUAGGGUGCUCCCCUACGCAAAUGUCUCACACGCAAGGAUUGAAGACCUCUGCAACCUCUUGUGCUCAUAGAAGAUCGCUUCUCUAUCUACAGCUACACGCGUGGAUGAACACGAUGCUGCGCGCUUAUGUACAAAGAAAGCUUACCACUUGUCUAAUAGCAUUCUUUGCAGUUGCUACACCGACAAUUUUAGUAGUGUGUACUAAAUUGGUACCUGUUCGCAUUUCUGCUUUGUAGCGCAGAUUCUGCAUUUCCCCUGUUUUCUGCCGCAUGAAUCACUUAUGCUGUUUUGAUUCCGAGCAUGAAUUCUGGAAACUAUGGUGUUUUUGUAUAGUCGAAUCCGAAUGCUUUCCCUCUUUGGGUGCAUGAUUUGUGGUCACAUAUUUUGUGGAUUUCUGUAUAAAUCAUGAAAACAAAAAUGUAAAUGCUUUCUCAUGGGGGUGAUUAUGGAUUGAUUAGUAUGGCAGAAGAGUUCUAUUCAUCUUGUGUGUAGUAUAGGAAAUAUGCUUACUCUGUUGUUUAUGAUUGUCUACCUCAAGAGUUCAAUGGCUUUCCUUGUAUACAAAAUGAAUAGAAUUUGCUAUCAAAUGCUAAAAAGCAUGAAAAUGAUAACUGAAACAAAGGGCAGAAAUAAAAUACUAUCAUCGGUUGAAUACAAUUAAAAAGAAAAUUUAGAAAUACAAAUUUCACAAGUAUAAGUUACAUAGAAAAAUUGUUUACAAAGCAAAUUGCUUUGUGCAUAGCAUAUACACCAAAAAUCAGUGAGCUUGCCAAGGAAUAAAAUAAGCCUAGGGUAUUUCAAACAAUUUUGGCACUAACUCCGGAGACAGGGCAAAGUAGCGUUAAAUAGUCAUUUUGCUAAAGGAAUUUUAGUUUUCCCUUUGCUGCCGAUGCUUUCGACAACUGAAGAUGACACGACGCCUUUUGAGCCCCCGCCAAGUCGGAGCAUGCAUCGGCAGCAGCCCCAAGAGUCACAGCAAAGUAAAGAUAAAUAAUGCACAGAACUACGAGGAGGGCAAGAGCAGUCAGGAGAAACCGAUGUCUCUGAACAAGGGUUGCGCAGUUCCCCAAUUCUGUGUCUCGCAAGUGUUGCUUUCUAGGUGAAGGUGGAGAGAACGCAGUCUGUGUCUGCGACCUCCGAUGAGGUGAAGUUAUUAUGUUGUCGAGAGCCAUGUUUUAGAAUUUGCUUCGCGCACCAAGAAUCAAAAUUCCUGCACGACGUGUUUUAUUCGUGUCAUAAGUAAAGUAUAUCAGCUGCAUAUGACAUUCAAAAUGCAGGAUCAUAUCAAAGACCAAAAAGGACUUCAAAUACAGAUAAAUGAAACUAGAGCAACUGCCAGACUUAACACAAACAAAGAUGGAUAACUAAGCAAUGCUUUUAAUUCAAUGUAAUCAAGAUUAAAGGCCAAAAGCUACAUAGGCAUGUGCAGAAAUAGGCCCUAAAUCCAAUCUGGACAAAAUAUUAAUUAUCACAACUAUCCGAUGAUACGAGUUCACGACCACAUACCCACUAUCGACACUAUCUACAAAUGAAGUAUACAGUUCGAUUUGUAGCUGCAUAUUAUAGGUGAUACUAAAGUAAUAAUGCUUAAAUUCAGAUUAAUGCAGUCCAAGGGAAAGUACAGUAUAGUAAUGAGUUGUAGGCAUAACUUAAAUACAAUAAUUAACACCUAGCAAGACUAUAAGGUGAGAAUGUCAUUAAUCUCACCAAACCUUUCCCUUUUCUUUCAUAAGUUGCAAUACACUACAGCAUAAACAGAUCAAUAAAGCAUCAAGAAAUAACAAAAGAAAACCCUCAAUAUGACUCAAACUUUCAUUCGAUCAAAUAAUCUCCUCAAAUUCCAUAAAAAUCUUCCUUUCCCCCAUUACAUUUGCCAGAUCAAAUCAAGAAAGCUCAGACUGCUAGAUAUUUCAGGAUAAAAAUUCACGCAUAUCCCACCAAUUACACAGCAGCAUUAUCAAUCUCCCAGAAAUUCAACUCGAUCCGAAGCCCUAAUCACAAAAUCCUAUCUUUCCGCUAAAUCAUAAACAAUUAAACGCAAUGAACUCCAAAGUAACGCGCAAUCAAACACACAAUACGAUUAGCGCCAACUUUCCCCAACCCAAAUCAAUAAAAUCGCACACACGAGAAGCAAGAAUAGCGGCAGAUCUAAUAUUAAUCAAGAACAUACCUUGCUGACGAGAGGGGGAAAGGGGCAGAAAAAAGAAGCUCCAACCGAAAGCUACUGACCCGGGUUUUCUACAAACCCAAAUGAUUGAAUUUGUUUCUGUGCGUAUCUAUCAUUCAACCAACUUUUUUUUCUGUGAUUUUGUGAUUCAUUUCUUUGGCGCUUGUGACUCGGCUAGAUAUAAGGAGAGUUGCCGGCGAGAACGCGCUACGCACUUUCCAACUGUGGAGAGAGAGAAACAAAACAACCAGAAAU